AUGCCACAAGGAAACGUGAAGUGGUUCAAUGAGACGAAAGGGUUUGGAUUUAUCACCCCAUCCGACGGCUCGAAGGAUAUUUUUGUCCAUUUCUCUGCCAUUCAAAUAGAAGGGUUUAAAGUUUUGGCGGAAGGGCAAAAGGUUGAGUUCGAAGUGAUGGAUGGAGCAAAGGGACCUUCAGCUGUCAAUGUCAAACCUAUGGAUUAA